AUGGUAGCAGCAGAUGGUGACGUGGUUCAGCUAAGUCUCGCACACGCUGGCGGGACAAAUCGCCAUGCAGCCGGCAAUGGAGAUCAAAGUGACAUCAUAGCGCUCGAUUUUGAUCCGCGACGUGAGCUGAUGUUCUGGGUGGAUAGUCAGCAGCGGAAGGUUUACCGCUCUGCGCUGCCGAAAGGUUCAUCUUUCGAAAUUAUCUCAAUAAUCGGACAAGAGGAAGUUUAG